CUUUCCAAGCCUCCUUCCUGAGCAGCCCUCAGCCAGUCAGCUGCAGCUCCUUUCUCUCUGCCACCACUCCACACACACACACACAGAGUGACCACUGAUGUUUGAGAGAGUGACCUAUGCUGACCUGCAGUUUAUAGGAAGCCCCCUGGAGACAAGCCGUGGGGAAGAGCUGGACGAGGGGGAGCCCGCCUAUGAGAACAUCCAGGGAUCCGGGGCACAGGAGGAGCCCCCCAGAACUGGCCAGGGGGGCGAAGGCCAGAGUCUUCUUCGGGAGACCUCCCGGAGGACAGAGGGGCCUGCAGUGGCCCAGGGGAUCAAACCCCGGAAACAGCACCCUGCUGCCAGGACGGGGCACCAGGACAGCGCAGGGUGGAGUCCCCGGACGAGGUGGGCAGCCUUGGGAGUGCUGGGCAUCAGCCUCUUUCUUCUCUCCGUCAUCGUCAGCCUUGGGGUGCAAUACAUGCAGGUCUCCCGGCAGCUCCAGCAAGCAUUCCGAGACCAUGCGGCUGAGCUCAACUCCACUGUGGAGGCCCUUUGGCACAGCUGGGCAGCUGAGAACUGGACCCAGCAGCAACUGCAGCACCAGGAGCUCCUGAUGGACCAAGCCAACCGCAGCCUGGCUCUCCUGCAGAGGGAGAGGGUGAGCCUGAUGGCCAACCUCAGCCAGGCAUCUUCCUGCCAGCAGAUCGGCUGCUGUUCCCUGGGAUGGAAGCUCUUUAGAUGGAAGUGUCUACGGAUUUCUGAUACACCGAAGACUUGGGAGGGCAGCCAACAGGACUGCAAAGGCAGUUCCUCUCACCUGCUUAUUCUGAAGACGUCCUGUGAUGCUCAUGAUGUCUGGCCCUCUGCGAAAUGGGUCUUCAUGAGGUUUAUCGUGGUGGUGCAGCCGCCAGUGGCAGGACGUUACGAGGCUCAUCAUGCACAGCAGGAUGCCGCAAGAGCCCCGAACGAUCAAAUCAUUACUGGAUUGGCCUAAAAAAGUCAAGGAGCAGCUUCUUCUCGGUUGAUCAAACCCCUGACAUCGGGAUUUCCAUGGGGUGAGUCGUGGCCUCAUAAAAAGUCCCUGGGAGGAUCUGUGGCUGGACCAGAUUCCCACAGACUUUGAAGUGUAACCCCAUUGGGAUGGCUGCCAUUCCAGGGUUGCCCUGAUGCCCGCCCCUCUUAGGGUCAGUUAGAGGCUUUGGCUUUCACUGGCCCCUCUUGCUCGGGUCUGAUCCAGAGGGAAGAGGGGAGGGCUGAGGCACUUGUGGGGGGUGUCCCUGCCCUAAGGGAGCUCAGAAGGACAGUGCUGGACUGAUGGUGGCAGAGCCAGCCCAGCCCUCCUAUCCCCUUCCUCCCGGGCCCCUGAUGGAAAGACUUGAGACACCCUACAAGUCUCUGGAAAGGGGGAACAAAACCUCUUUGGAGCCUUCUGAGGUUCUGCAUAUCCCUGUGGGGUGUCUGAGCCCAAAACACAAAUAAUUUCGCAUCUGGUGAUUGUUUCAUUCGCUCUGUAGUCAGAAUUAUCCAAAUGAGAGGGGCCAGAAUAAAAACAUCAUUGCCCCCCUUCCCAAAUUCAAUCUGUACAAUUAAUACAAACACACAAAUACAUAGCUUCUAUGAAAAAACAUGAUUUCUAUCAUUCUGGAAACGAUUACAAAUCCAUUUCUGAAACUUUGGGGCACCCCAUCCGGAUUCUGAGGCACAGUCUUGAAAUGUUUGUGGACAAUUACCCUUUCCCCUAAGGGACCCUUCCUGUUCCCCAAAGUGCAGCAUGAAAUCCCCCAUCCCUCUGGCAAACUAUGCACAGCAACUUUUCUUAAGGCCCCUCCUUGCUUGGGGACAGGAUGCAACCUGACCUUGGGGCCUCCUGGCUAACAAGGGAGCUGGCUUGGGAGGCACAGCAGCCCCCGGCCUCCACUUGGCUUUCCCCACCUCCCACUGGCGCCCGGAGGCUUUCUGCAGCCUGGACCAGGCAGAUCCCUGGCAUGGGUGGGGUGGCGCUGCGGGAGAGGCAAGGGCAGCUUCUGCACCCCCAGAACUAAGGAGAAAUUUCCUGACAGUCAAAACAAUUAAUCGGUGGAACGGCUUGCCUCCAGAAGUUGUGGGCGCUCCAUCACAGGAGGUUUUUAAGAAGAAACUGGACAGUCAUUUGUCUGAAGUGAUAUCGGGUUUCUUGCUUGAGCAGGGGGUUGGACAAGAAGACCUCCCAAGGUCCAUCCCAACUCCUUAUACUGUUAUUCUGUUGAAACUCAUGCCAGAGGGCAGAGGCCUAGAGCAGUCUUUUCUCCUUGCUUUCCUUGUCCAAACUGUAGGGGAUCAAGUUAUAAACAAGGCUGUGUGGAACUGCAUGAGGGAGCUUUGAAUGUUUGUCCCUGUUCUGAAAGGAAGAAGUUUAUCUGCGAGAAGCCUGCCAGGCCUUGGCCAUGAAAGGCACAGGUGAGCACCCUCUGCCUUCCCCAUUUGGCUUAAAGGGCUUUCCCUACUUUAUUCCCCUUCUUCUCCCUUUAGUAGAGUGGGGACCGGGUGGUGGUGGUGGUUGUGUGGAGCUGCACACUGAUGGGCAUCCUUAUUUUCCAAUGCUGUUGUGAGUCUGGUCCACUCCCAAAGUGGAGGGCUCAACUGGAGUGGCCCACGGCCAGAGGUGGAGCUGACUGGCCAGCUGUCUGCCCCAAACUCCCCUGCCAGGCAGUGCCCAGAGGACGCCCAGAGGAUGCCAAAGGCCCAAUUCAUGACAGCUGAUCUGGAACAGAGUUAGAUCUCAAUCAGAGGGCAUGUUUGCAGGCACAGCAAGAUCCCCGUUGGUUGGGGUCUUCCCCGACACCUGAAGAGCCGAUCAGCAUCUUCAGAAGGGGGACUGAGCUGCUGGGGGGGCAGCUUCUGGGCUACAAGGAGGCUGCCCCCAUCUUUUGACCUGUUCUUGCAGAUCUCUGAAGACCAAUGCAAUGCCAGAGGAGCCCUGAUGAGCCCAGCCUGGUUGGCACUUGGUUUCUCCCCCGGCAGCUAAAAGGGCCUCUGUGGGUGCUAAGACGGAAGGAAAGCCAGCCUCUCUGGCGAGACUGAUGGUUGCUGAUCUCCUGUCAGCCAUUAAAAAUGAUCUGGCAGCUAAGCCCACCUUCCCAAAGACCUCCCGUGGAAGGAGGAAGACGCGGUCUGGGCUUCAGCCUUUGGGCUGCUGAAUGAAUGGCAUUGUAGCAGAGAAACUCUUCAGAAGCCAAAAAUGAAUUCCGUUUAUUAGGGUCUCACAAGGUGGGAAUCAAUCAACUUGGGGUUCUUCAGGUGUCAUAAAUCAGGGAGUUGCAAACUGGCCUGGGCUGGUUUUUGGUCACCACACUACAAAAAGGUUGUUGAGACUUUGGAAAUAGGGUAGAGAAGAGCAACUAAGAUGAUGAAAGGCCUGAAGACUAAACAGUACGAAGAACAAUUGCAGGAACUGAAUAUGGCUACUCUAGAGAAAAGAAGGACUCGGCGUGGGGGUGUAUGAUAGAGGCAUUCCAGUAUUUGAGGGGCUGCCACAAAGAGGAUGGGGUCCACCUAUUCUCCAAAGCACCAGAAGGCAGAAGAAACAAUGAAUGGAAACUAAUCAAGGAGAGAAGCAACCUAGAACUAAGGAGAAACUUCCUGACAGAACAAUUAACCAGGGGAACAACAUGCCACCCUGAAGUUGUAGGUGCUUCAUCACUAGAGGUCUUCAAGAAGAGACUGGACAGCCACUUGCCUGGAAUGGUAUAGUCUCCUGCUUGAGUAGGGGGUUGGAUUAGAAGACCUCCAGGGUCCCUUCCUGCUUUAUUCUGAUUGAUUGAUUGGUUGGUUAAUUGAUUGAUCGAUUGAUCGAUCUGGCCUGGGAAUGCUGCACUGAACUCAGCAUUGUCUCCACAAUUAGAAGCCACCAGUCUGGGGGAAAGGUUGAUCUAGCUCAUAACAGAAAACACACUUUCCUUAAAAAUGUGGAGCCUUGCUUUAAACUCUCCAGCUCCACAUUUAAGCCUGUGCACCAUGGCCUUCCUGUACUGAAAUAGUUUCUGCAAUGUAGAAGGAAUUCCACAUUGUGAUUCUGAAGAAACAGGCUUGGGUUUGGAUCCAUCAGUCUGGCAGGCUAAUGCAACCACUGACUACAGGAAAGGUGAUGUCAGGUUAGUAGGUUAGGCAAAGUUAAACUGCAGGAAAUGAAAGUGGGACCUUCUGCAGAGAUCAGAGGACCUGGAGGUUUUCUGCCACACUUUAACCAGCUCCUAAGGGGGUCCUAAGCCCAGAAAAAUUCCUAUUUGGGUGCAUCAAGAUGGGAGAGGGAGAAGGGGAAGGAGGGAAACACCGAGGAGGAGUAUGCCCCCUGAGAGGCUGUUUCUGGGCAAGCCGGCAGGGAUGGGAGGAAGCCUUGGGCUUCUCUUCCUGCUGGGUUUCGGUUCCUGUGAGGGGGGAGAGCGGGGGGUGGAGAGGAGCAGGGGAAAAGGAGGGGGGCCACGGGAAGGACAAAAGGGGUCAGUGGGGCUGCUUGGCCCAGUAAAGAGAGAGAGAGGCUGCUUUUGCCAGCAAAGUAACUGGAAUGGCAGUGGGGGCGGGAGCUUUGGAGGGACUCAGGGAGCUGAGUCCAGAAGGUGGAGGGGGGGCAACAGAGGGGGUUGAGGGGAGAAUUCUCCCUCUCUACAAGGUGGGAGGAGCAAGGUGGGAGGCAGCCGGGUUAUGCAAGUCUCUUCUGGUGUUUCCCAAAUGUGCCAGAUCUUCAAGAGAUGCUCUUCCUGUUCUUUGCCAGACAGGAUCGUUACCCGGUGGCCCUCCUGUCCAUGGGAUAUUGGGGGUCACCCAUUCAGUUCAACGGCUGCUUGCAGGCAUUUGAAGUUACUAUUGUGUCUGUGUCUCUCUGCUUCCUAACAAUAGAAACAAAGCUGUUAAAAAUUUGCAAAUGGAGCUGGGAUUUUUUUCUCAUUACGUGACUCCCAAAGAGCAGAGAAAGAGAGCUACUUUACGGGUGAAAGACCUGGCCACAAGAGUGGAUGAAAAUAAGAGCCAGAGAAGAAAAUUCUGCUGAGAAAAUUCCUGGCAGUGGUGUCAGUAUUUGAACCCAAAGCCACCCACAUCACCACAUCGCUCCCUCUUGCCCAGGAGGUGCUGGCUGCUCCAGUGAUCUCAGCUUCCUGCUGCCCCGGGAGGGAUGGCGCUCUGAACUGGCCAGGCUGACCAUCCUCCGUGAAGCCCCUCCUGCCUCCAGCGCAUUCCCCCUCCCCCUCAAAACAAGGGGACCCCCCCUCUCCGAACAAGGGGUGGGCAGAAGAGACCUUUUCAGGACUCCUCCCAGCCCAGCGGUCAAAGGGAGGGUGGCUUCAAAGUUGGAAAAGUCCACCGCCUUCGACAGGACCUGUGUUUAACUCAUAGAAUCAUCUAUUGCAAUGUCCUUCCUGUUGAAGACUACUUCAGUUUCAAUCACAACAAUACAAGAGCAAACAACAGAUUUAAACUUAAUGUUAACUGCUUCAAUCUUGAUUGCAGAAAAUAUGACUUCUGUAACAGAGUUGUUAAUGCUUGGAACACACUACCUGACUCUGUGGUGUCUUCCCAAAAUCCCCAAAGCUUUAACCAAAAACUGUCUUCUAUUGACCUCACCCCAUUCCUAAGAGGUCUGUAAGGGGCAUGCAUAAGAGCACAAACGUGCCUACCGUUCCUGUCCUAUUAUUUCCUUUCAUUAUAUCCAAUUAAUAUAGUUAUUACAUACUUAUAUAUAUGCUUAUAUAUUAUAUAGUUACUUUCAUGCUUAUGCUUAUAUAUACUGUUGUGACAAAAUAAAUGAAUGAAUGAAUGAAUGAAUAAAAGUCAUUGUGGAAAAAUGCAGGGAGGGCAGGGCCAAAAGCCCAGGGAUGGAAAGGGCAGAGAGAGAGAGAGAGAGAGAGGGAGAGGGGGAGGGAGGGAGGGGGGGAGAGUGUCUUUGUUUCCCCCCCCCCCAAACUGGACAUCCCUGGUACAUCACAGGUUCUUGUAAGAUCUUUGUCACCUCCCUCAGUACCUGUCCCUUCCCUCUCAAACGGAAGUGCCCGGACACCGUCCUCCAGAGCCGAAAGAGGAUACUGCGAGGACCUCGUGUGACUCUUAAAUGCUGCCCAAAACUCUGCUAGGCCUUCGAACAGCAGGCUCACCCCCCCCAUUUCUUACCAGGGACCAUCCGAAGGGCUUCCCUGCUGUCGUUUUCCCAAGCCGUGGCUCAGGGGCGGGUUUCAAAAUGUGUCGCUACCGGUUCGCUCCUGGGCGCACACGCAUGCCACUUCUGUGCAGACAAAUUCCCCUCAAAUAUUGGAAGACAGCUAUCCUGUCUCCCCGUCCUUCUCUUCUCUAUUUAUUUAUUUAUUUAUUUAUUUAAAUUUUUAUACCGCCCUUCUCCCGAAGGACUCAGGGCGGUGUACAGCCAAAGAUAAAAACAGCAAGUAUACAAAGUUAAAAUAUCAAUUUAAAAUACUUAUUCAAUAGUGGCCGAAUUAAAACCGUCAGAUUAACCUAACCUAAAAUACCCCAUAUAAAAUUACAAAGGAUUAAAAAUUUAAAAUUUAAAAUUUAAAAAAAUCAGUCCAGUCCCGCUUGAAUAAAUAAGUGAGUUUUUAAUUCCCGGCGAAAGGUCCGAAGGUCAGAUAUUUGGCGCAAACUGGGGGGAAGGUCGUUCCAGAGAGUAGGUGCUCCAACAGAGAAGGCCCUUCCCCUGGGGGCCGCCAGCCGGCAUUGCUUGGCGGACGGCACCCUGAGGAGACCCUCUCUGUGAGAGCGUACGGGUCGAUGGGAGGCAUAAGGUAACAGCAGGCGGUCCCGUAAGUACCCGGGCCCUAAGCCAUGGAGCGCUUUAAAGGUGGUAACCAAAACCUUGAAGCGCACCCGAAAGACCACAGGUAGCCAGUGCAGACUGCGCAGGACCGGUGUUACUCGGGAGCAACGAGGAGCUCCCUCGAUCACCCGUGCAGCUGCAUUCUGGACUAACUGGAGUCUCCGAGUGCACUUCAGGGGUAGCCCCAUGUAGAGAGCAUUGCAAUAAUCCAGGUGGGAAGUGACAAGAGCAUGAGUGACCGUGCAUAAGGCAUCCCGGUCCAGAAAGGGACGCAACUGGCGGACCAGGCGAACCUGUAAAAGGCUCUCCUGGAGACGGCCGCCAAAUGAUCUUCAAACGACAGCCGUCCAUCCAAGAGAACGCCCAAGUUGCGUACCCUCUCUGUCGGGGCCAGCGACUCGCCCCUAACAAAUAGCUGCGGUUGUCUAGACUUGCCCCCAACAGACAGCUGCGGUUGUCUAGACUAGCCAGGCCCAGUUCCUACAACCGUUCUUCAUGUUUUAGCCUCCAGUCCCCUCAUCAUCUUGGCUGCUCUCCUCUGCACUAUUUCUAAUCUCAACAUCUUUUUUAUAGUGUGGCAACCAAAACUGGAUGCAGUAUUCUAGGUGUGGUUUUACUAGGGCUUUGUAGAGUGGUAUUAGUACCUCACUUGAUCUUGAUUGUAUCCCUCUGUUUAUGCUAUUUAGGAUUACACUGGCUUUUUUGACUGCUGCAGCACACAAUUGGCUCAUAUUUAAUUGGUUGUCCAUUAAGACUCCAAGAUCCCUCUCAGAGUUACUGCUAUUAAACCUGAUUUCACCCAAUCUAUAUGUGUACUUUUGGAUUUUCUUGCCUAAGUGUAAGACUUUACUUUUCUCUACACUGAAUUUCAUUUUGUUAGAAGUUCCUUCAUCCAUCAUCUGGGAGGCAGGGGAGGUAUUCUGACUUCUCCCUAAAAUAUACUCAAGUUUUUUGUGGUUUCUUUUCAUUAAUGCAUUUGGAAAUAUUACCAGAAAAUAAUCAGCACACUACAUUAAAUCGUUCACAGGUAUAUAUGCUUAUCGUAUUCCAGAUAGUUUCCCACAAUAUAGUUCCUUUCCGUUCUUUGUUCCUCUUUAGGUGUUUGUGUCCCCCACUCCACAAGUUGCUUGUCACACAAAAUAAAGCACAAUUUCCUUCUUUGGAGUGAACUAUUCCAUGUUGUAGCUCCCCCCAUUUUGGGUUUUCUGGAGGCAUU